UUUAUUUGUUGUCAGAUGAAAUCCAAUUACAUGAUUUUUAGACAUUAUUUUUGACGGAUUUUUCGGAUAGGGUCCGAAUAUCUACAUAAAUAUUUGUAAAUAUAAUUUAGUGAGAAGCAGAGAAGAAGCCUGUUUUUCAAAUUUACUUUUGAUAAUUUAAAUACAAUUUGAAUGUUAAAAUGGAUGGUACUGCGAUUAAGAAAUUUAUAGUAUAUUUGUAUCAUAAAAAUAUCUUUAAUGAAGAAACUGACGUAUUUUCUAUUACUAAAUCAAAUUUCAUAUCAAAAUUAGCGUCAUGGGAAAGCAAAAAGAACUUAAAAAUAAAUGAAAAGUUAGAAGAAAUUUUAAGAGAUGGCAAAUUAAUCAUUAAGAAAAGUAACGAAGAAGAUGUAAUUGUAAUAAACAAGACAACUUUACUUGAGUAUGAGAAUUAUUUCUUGAAUGAGCUGGACCGAACCCAAAUAAACGAAGCCGUAUUAAAACACACAUUUCAGGAAAAUGAUAAAAUAACCCGAAAAUUUAGUCAGGAGAAACAAAAGCUUGAAUUUAAGACUUGUGUUUUAAUAGAACAAUCAUUAGGAAGCGAUUCGGACAUUUCUUGUGAAAUUUGCACUUUAAAAUUUCAAUCUAAAGAUCUUUUAGAAGAACAUCUUGAACUGCAUAUUUCUACAUCAAAUUUUGAAUGGAUAAUAAAAAAUCAAGGAUCACCUUUUCCACGUUUUCAAAUAUUUUGUCAAAUAAGUGAAGAUUCUGAUUUCCUUAAAUUCACAUUGAGUACACAAUAUUCUGGCAUAUCUCUUAGUUCCGUGGCUACAGCUAGAUCUACGGAUAUAUUAUGUUUAGUGAAUCACAAAGAUAAUGAAAGGAUAAUUGAUGAAGGUGGAUCCUACGAGUUUGUUAUAGACAAACAUGUAUUUAUUAAAUCUAUUGAACAACCAAUCUAUGUAACUUUUCAUAUGUUUGUAAAUACAGAUCAAAAUCAACGAGAAAAAUUUGUUGAACUGCACACAAUAUUACCAAGCCUAUUUUUAUCAAGAAAAAUGCUUAAUGGAGGUGAAAUUAAGCAAUCGCAAUUAAAAACAAAAAAAGGUGUUAUAUCAGAGCAUUUUCCAAGAGAAUCAUUGAGAGAACUCUAUUCCAUGAAAAAUUUUACCGAAAAUGAUUUAUUUUCUAUUAGUAGAGAUUUAAGAAAAUUUUGUACAGAAGACGACAGAAAUCUUACUCCAUGCAAUAUUUGUGAAGUCUUUAAAUUUUUACUAGAAAUGGAAGAUAUUGAAAUUGAGAAAUGUUACCUUAAUUUUACUCAAACCGAAACCCAAAUACAUUGCGUCAGAAGAACAAAGAAAGAAUUGGAAUAUUCCAUCAAACUCAGUAACUUACCGGAAGGUGAAAUUUUUCAAGACACAAUAAACUGUGGCGAUGAAUUGAUUUUAAUUUGCAGCGAUACGAACAUCGCUAAAGAAUUGAAUGUACCUAAUGAAGAAGUUAGAUGUGCUAGAAAAUUGAAAUAUAAAUAUUUUGGAAUCAUUUCGAAUAUUUACGGUACAACAGUUUAUUUUGAAUGUCGAAAGGAUAAGAUUGACAUUAGCAAAAAAUAUGAUGUUAAAUUUCGUCCAAAUAGAAGAAAUUUUUUAUAUCAGUAUUCUGCAUUAAAUGCCAUAGAUCAAUAUUCUCUUAUAUCAGUUUUCUUAUUUCCGGAAGAUGAUAAGCAAUUUAAUUCAUGCGCAACUAUAUCUAUGCCUGAAAUUGAUAUAUUCGACGUCAAUGUGGAAAAUAAUCCAGAGCAAAAGGAAGCAGUUUUAAAUAUUGUUAAUGGAAUAAAAUACUUUUUACCAUAUAUAAUUGUUGGACCACCAGGAACGGGUAAAACUACUACCAUUGUUGAAAGCAUUUUACAAUUACAAAUAAAAAAGCCUGAAGAAAAAAUUUUAGUAACAGCUGGAUCGAAUGCCGCAUGUAAUGAGAUAGCUAAACGCUUGAUUAAAAUCAAAAAUUCUCAGUUUGCAGACCUAAAAAUAUUUCGUCUAUUUUCCAAAUCAUCUGAGAAGUCUUUGGAAAAUAUUGAUAAAGACUUAAUUGAAAAUUCAAAUUUAUCAUACGGCUACCAUUUUUUUCCCUCUUUAGAAAGCAUACAAAAUUACAAUGUGCUGAUAUGUACAACUUCAUUAGUCGGUCGAUUAAAAGCAUCUGGUUUGGUACCAAGUAAUUAUACCUAUUGCUUUAUUGACGAAUGUGCAGCUUCGACAGAACCCGAAGUACUCGUUGCUGUUGAAGCUGUUUUUCAUUCUAACAUAAAAAUCAUAAUUGCUGGAGAUCCAAAACAAUUGGGUCCUAUUUUGCAUUCAAAACUUGCAUCCGAAUAUGGUUUAAAAAUAUCUUUAUUAGAAAGAUUAUUAAAUCGUAAAUGUUACAGAGUUAACGACGAUAGAAUGUAUAAUAGAACUAUUCAAACACGACUUGUAAGGAACUUUCGAACGCAUCCAGGUAUUUUAUCAAUUUCCAAUAAAUUAUUUUAUUCAAAUGAUUUGAUUGCGUGUGCAAACAUAGAUUUAACCCAUUGGGCAAUAGGUUGGAACAAUUUGCCUCAAAAAGAAUUACCUUUAAUAUUCCAUCAUGUCAGUGGUCACACAAAGCAAGACAUGUACUCACAUAGUUUGUUUAAUUUAAAGGAAGUAAACAUUGUUAUGGAAUAUGUCAAGAAAUUGAUGUAUUUCCACAUUAAUGGUAGAAAAAUUAAAGAAGAAGACAUUGGCGUAAUUUCUCCAUAUAGAAAACAAAAUAUUAUAAUCAGAGAAGAAUUGAAUAAACGUAAAUGGUAUAAAAUUGCCACAGGUUCUGUAGAAACAUUUCAAGGACAAGAAAAGCCGGUUAUAAUAAUUUCAACAGUAAGAUCACAAGUUUCAGAUAGGCAGGGUGUUGGUUUCUUGGUUAACGAGAAGAGAUUAAAUGUAAUGCUAACGCGGGCACAAGCCCUUUUGAUUAUUGUUGGUAAUACAAAAUAUUUAUCAGAUGUUCCAAAUUGGAAGGAGAGCAUUCAAUAUUGUAGCGAAGAAAAUGUGCUUAUCGACACAACAAAUGAAGAUAACGAUAUUAAUAAUAAAUUAAGUAAUGAUAUUGAAAAUAUUUCGUUGAGUUCAUAAAAGUUUUAAAUCAUAUAUCAUGAAUAAAGAAAUUGGAUAAUAAUAUAUUAAAUUAAUUUUAAACAACAAUUUCAAUUAUAAAAUUUUCAGCAAUUAGCGAUGCUUUAUAUUGACCACAUGAAUAAAAAAUAGUAAAUGCUUUUACUAAAGGAAUAUUAUAGCUAUAUAUGUAUAUGAUUACCUUCAGUAUGUAAAUCUAAGUAUUACGGAAGAAGGAUAAAUCGAAAAGUCUAUUGAGGUUUUCGUCUACUAAUAGUGAUUUAUGCAAUGAAGUUGUCCGUACUAGAAAGUACGGAACCAGAGAUUCACAUUUUUAAAAAAGAAGAAAAUGCUUAUACACUAUAUCUGCAAUUCUGGUUUACAAAGAGGUAUUACAGAAGACUUUGGAAUUCAUGGUUAUUAUUUAGAUUUUUUUGAGUUGAAUAAUUAUGACUUUUUUCCCAAUAAUUUUGGCUAUAUUUA